CUCCCAACUCACGAGUACACACUUGAGCUUGAGCUUGAGCAGCAGCAGUUGCACCAGCUAGCUACCUAGCUGCGCGCGCAGUAGCUCGCUCGGUCGCAAUGGCUAACACCCUGGGCAUCCACUCACUUGUCCUCGUCCUCCUCCUCCUGGCCUCCUCUUCCGCGUUUGCCGACGACGUGCUUGACCGGAAGGCUGGCGUGGCCGUUGAGGCACGGCCAGCACCAGGAAAGUAUGCCGUCAUCAUGGACGCCGGCAGCACGGGCACCCGCGUCCACGUCUUUCGGUUCGACAAGAAGAUGGAGCUCGUCGACGUCGGUGACGACAUAGAAGUCUUCGCCACGGUGAAUCCCGGGCUAAGCUCGUAUGCCGGACGGCCACAGGAGGCUGCCAACUCCAUCGUACCCCUGCUUGAGAAGGCCAACAGCGCUGUGCCUCGGUCGCUCAUGAAGAGAACACCCGUUAAGCUUGGGGCGACGGCCGGACUCAGGCUCAUCGGAGACGAGCAGGCGGAGCAAAUUCUUGAAGCAGUCAGGGGUGUAGUCCACACCAAGAGCAAGUUCCAGUACAAUCCUAGUUGGAUCAACGUUCUCGAGGGGUCUCAGGAGGGAUCUUACUUAUGGGUUGCUCUAAACUAUCUGUUGGAUAAGCUGGGAGGAGAGUACACCAAGACGGUAGGUGUGAUUGACCUUGGAGGUGGAUCCGUGCAAAUGGCAUAUGCAAUUUCUGCUGAUGCUGCUGCUACCGCUCCUGUGGUUAAGGAUCCGUAUGUUACGAAAGAGUAUCUCAAAGGAAGAGAUUACAACGUCUAUGCUCACAGCUACUUGCACUACGGAGCAAUGGCUGCUCGAGGAGAGAUCUUCAAGGCAAAGAAUGGACCUAUCAGCUACUGCAUGCUGCGCGGAUUCAUUGGUAAAUACACCUACAAUGGAGAUAAGUACGACGCCAUAGCAUCGCCAACAGGAGCAGCAUAUGACAAGUGCAGAGAGGAUGUGAUCAAAGCACUAAAGCUGAGCGCACCCUGUGAAGCAAAGAACUGCACCUUCAAUGGCGCGUGGAAUGGCGGCGGCGGUGCCGGCCAGGCUGACCUCUACGCCGCCUCCAGUUUCUACUACAUGGCAUCAAGGGUUGGAUUGAUCGACAGCGACUCUACCAGCGGGAAGACUACCCCGGCAGCAUACAGGGCCGCCGCCGAGAAGAUUUGCCGGCUGAGCUUGGAGGAAGCAAAGGCUUUGUACCCAAGGGCCCGAGCCACCGACGUGCCCUACCUUUGUAUGGACCUCGUCUACCAGUACUCCCUGCUCGUGUAUGGAUUCGGUUUGGAACCGACGAAGGUGAUCACAGUGGUAGAGAAGGUGAAGCACGGCGAAUAUUUCAUUGAAGCCGCAUGGCCUCUCGGAGAAGCUAUAGAAGCUGUGUCACCCACCAAGCGGCUCCAAGAUGCAUGAUUUAAAUGGUAGCUAGUCCUUCACAAUAAGGUGCCCGUGCCCUCGCAAUAAGAUGCAUGAAUGGACCGCGCUAUCCCCAAUUCUAGUGUUCUUUACUAUUUGACAUACCGAGUAAACGGCAUAGACGAGCACACUGAUACACUCGUACAUUGGUUAUUCAAAACUAGUUUCGUGAUGCUGUAAGAUUGACAAAGCCAUUAUGGCUGACCCGCUACCGAUAGAAAUGUGGCCUACCCCGAAAGAAUGAUCUGUUUAAUGAGACAUACCUAUGGUAUGAAAUAUGGGUUUAGCCA